GCAGGUGCAAGAAGGACACAGAGGGCGGUGGGAGAAGCAUGAAGAAGACACUUGCACAAUUGCGUCGGCUGACCCGGGAUGCCCUCAACAAGCAACUCUACGAGUCGGCCAUGUUCUACGCCGACAAGGCCGUCUCACUCCAGACUGCCGCUGCCGGAGGCGAUCGAACCGAUGCCGUGUCGGGUGCUGGCGCUGGCGCUGGCACUGGCGCUGGCGCGAGUACGGGGAUGGUGACGGUCGCAGGGACGGCCGCUGGAGUCGAGAUGGGCUUGGCGAGCACAUCGACGACUGGCUCGGGUCGGGUGGUGGCCUCGGGCUUGGCGUGUCAUAGUGCGGAGGGAUCGGCGCUGACGCCGGGACUUGCCGACGACGUCUUUGCCCUCGCCACCGCCUUUCAUGCUACUCAUCAAUAUCAGCGUGCUGUCCAUACCCUUACUCGCCAUGGCAUGCUUGAUCGCUCGCUGGAGGCCCGGUUGCUGGCCGCUCGCUGUCUGCUGGAGGAAGCGCUGGAGAUGGUGGGUGACGACAUGUCCGAGAUGGAGCAAAAGGUGCUGGCGGAGAGAAAGAUGAUGGACUUUGACGAGGACGAGGACGAGGACGAGGCGGGAGCCGAGGCGGAGCAGGUAAGUGUGCUGGAGGCCGGGCCGUCGACGGUGGCAGCGGUGUGCGUGCUGCGGGCACGGGUGUACGAGGAGAUGGAGAACCGCGACCGUGCGGCGACGUGGUACCUCAACGCACUCGACGCCGACUAUCACUGCGUUGAGGCGUUCGAGGUCAUUGUGCAGCGGCAGCUGCUGUCGCUGGCUGAGGAGGCGGCGCUGGUGGCAUCGCUGCCGUUCCGCGACAACGAGGCCUGGCUCGAGGUGCUCUACAAGGCCAAGCUCAACAACAAGUACGGGUCGUCGCUCGCAGAUCUCAACGCCGCGGUGCAGGCUCUCGGCGAGACCGCAGGUGUGCGGCUGGAGAGCAACACAGACAUUGUGGUGGCGCGAGCGCGGGCGGCGUACGACGCGCACGCGCUGGACGACGCGCUCAGGCUCGCCCGCCAGGUCCUCGCCGAAGACCCGUACCACGCCGCCGCCCUCCCGCUCUUCAUCGCCACGCUCGUCGAGCUCAAGGCGACUCAGGAGCUCUUUCGCAAGGCACACGCCCUCGCCGAGCAGUAUCCCGACUCGGCGUUGGCGUGGUACGCCGUCGGCUGCUACUACUACACGGUGGAGGACCAUGGAAAGGCACGGCAGUUCUUCUCGCGGGCGACGGCGCUCGACGGUAACUUUGGUGCGGCGUGGCUCGGCUUUGGCCACUCGUUUGCGGUCGAGUCGGAGCACGACCAGGCUAUGGCGGCGUACCGGACGGCGGCGCGGCUGUGCAAGGGCUCGCACUUGCCCAAUCUGUUUGUGGGGAUGGAGUACGUGGCCAUCGGCAACGUGCACCUGGCAGAGCAGUUUGUCCGCGCUGCGCACGAGUCGUGCGCCGCCGCCGACCCGCUUGUCCUCAACGAGCUCGGCGUCAUUGCCGCCACCCAGGGCUCGCUCACCCGAGCCCGUGGCUACUUUGAGCGGUCGCUGCUUGUUGGCGGCGCCGCCCUCGAGCCGGUCCUCUUCAACCUCGCCGGCGUCUGCCGCAAGCUCAGUGACUACACUGCCGCGGUCGAGUACUACUCGCAGUCGCUCGCCCUCCGUCCGCGCGAGUCGUCGACCUACACCGCCCUCGGCUUUACCUACAUGCUCCUCGGCGAGCUCGACGUCGCCAUCGAGUACUUUCACAAGUCACUCGGUGUCCGCCCCGACGACACCCUCACGGUCGGCCUCCUGCAGACUGCACUCGCCGACGUCUUUACCCUCUGCCGGCGGUCGACGCGCCGGCAGACCACCUAA